AUGACAACCGAAGAGCAACCCAAAUGCCCGGUAGACCACUCGACAAGAGAGGCUUGGGUCAAAAACAUGGGCACUGGUGAACAGGUCCCCAAACAACUACCAGCGGAUCACCCAGUUAUACCAUCCGGUAACGGCGAAGCAGCAUGUCCUGUCAAUCAUGAAGCUCGUGGCAUCUGGCUGAAGCAUGCAAAUGCAACUAAACAAGUAGAAGAUAUUGAAUGCUCGUCAGAAGAACUCCCAUCGACACCUCAUUACACCACCGACGUUCCUCUGCCAACUGAACGUGAGACUUCAUCGAUACCACGAACGGGAACAGACUCGAAGUGGAUUUACCCAUCACAAAAGCAGUUCUUCGAGGCAAUGAAGCGUAAAAACUGGGAUCCCAGUACUGAAGACAUGAAGACGGUGGUUCCCAUCCACAACUCUGUGAACGAGCGUGUGUGGAACUACAUUAAGCUGUGGGAGGCCAACGAAGGCGGAAAAGAAUGCGGAGGCAUUCAGCUUUCGAGUUUCAAGGGAGACGCUAAGAAGUUAACACCUAGAGCGUGGUUUAGAAGCGCGAUUUUGGGGUAUUCGAAACCCUUUGACAGGCACGAUUGGACUAUUGAUCGAUGUGGGAAGCAACUACAGUAUGUUAUUGAUUUUUACAGUAAUGACAGUCCUGUGACAGGUCCAGAUAUAUACAUUGACGUGAGACCCAAAUUGAACAGCUUUGAAGGAGUGAAGCUUCGUUUCAAAAAAAUGCUUGGCCUAUGA